AUGGCUAUUAAAACCUUAAAUACAGUCGCUAAUAAAGAGAAAGUUCAGUCGAUCUUGACUUUUAAUAAUGACUUCAAAAAAACCACAACAUGUACAAUAUGUGAAAUGAUAUAUAAUACUAAAAUUCCAGCAGACGUUGAAGUACACAAAAAAUAUCAUUUGGAGUUUACUAAUGGAAUAAGUUGGCCAAGUACAUUGAUGUCACUGGAAGCGGUUACUUUCAAUCUUAUUCGUCAUAACUCAAAACCUCAGACAGGCAAGUUGAAUUUAGUUAGAAAUCAGAACAGUAUACAGGUUACAAUUCAGACAAUUGACAAGAGUAACAAAAGACAGAUUGGCAAGAUCGAGAAGCUUUUGAAUAUGGUAAAUCAAGAACUAGAUGCUAGUGAUGAUUCCAAGCAAUGGCGAGAUUCAAAUUUUGAAAGAAGUAAAGCCUUUGUAGUGAUUAUAAAUAAUAAAGCUAUGGGACUAUGUACAACAGAUACCGUGAAUGAAGGAAAAUGGAUGAUCUUCAAAAAUCAAAAAAUUGUACCCAAUCAACAAAUUUCUGGAAUUAAAAUCGGAAUCUCUAGGAUUUGGAUUUCACCAAAAUGGAGAAGAUUAGGAUUAGGUUUGAAAUUAUUAAAUUAUGUUUGUGAAAACUCAAUCUAUGGUCAAAGACUUCAAAGUGGUCAAAUUGCUUUCAGUCAACCUAGCUCUGCUGGUGGUAAAUUGGCAAAAUCAUUUAAUGGGGUAAAGCACAAAAGUGGUGAGAUUCUAAUACCAGUCUAUUUAUAA